GCGAAACUCAAGAGACUAUUCUCUUAUCUAUCCGUUCGAGAUAUCAGCUGAUAACGGAAUUUAUUAUUCCGUUUCUAUGAGUUAGUGUAAUAUCAUCAAAUAAUGUGACUAGUUUCUUGGGAAAACAAUAAGAUAUUUUUAUAAAAACAUGCGGUCAAUCGGACGAGUCAUAAAGUGAUACUGCAACCAUUUGUUGAUAAAAGCUUCCGUUUUUUAUAUGUAAGUUCACCCAGUCGUCGUGCAAAUGCAGAACAUUUAGUUUUGGAAGUAUGAGAGUGAUUCUAGUGGUAGUGUUGUGUUUAUCUUCGGGAUUUUGGACAAAUGGCAGUGAGCAAGAUAAUUCCACCGAGCGGUCUUCUACAAAUGGUGACUUAAAGUUAGAUUCAACUACUUUAAAGAGUAUUACUGAUAAGGGAACAACAGUUGGAACAGCUAAUGCAUUACAAAAUGGAAAAACAGAACUUCUUUCACGUCAUCUUUCUGAUCUUAUCUCAGCUUUAAAAAGUUCCACACCUAGGGUUCUCGUAGGUAAUCCUGCAAAAAGUACUACACAACCUAUGUUAGGUGCAAAAUCUACGGCAACUUCAAGAUCAACACAAAUUGAAAGUUCCACAUCUAGCACUAACGCCGAUAAAAGUACAGAAAAUCCGAAGCUAAGUACCCUAGAUCUUCCACCAACAACACACAUUAUGACUUCCACAUCCACGCCUAUCGUAGGUAAUGUAAACAGUGCUACCCAAACUGCAUUAGGUGCAACAUUUACGCCAGGUUCAACAACACCACAAAUUCAAAGUUCCAGAUUAGGGGCUAUGCCAGGUAACGUUGCAGAAAGUACUAACAAAACUAUAUUAGGUGCCUUAUCGAUGCCAGAUUCAAGUACAACACAAAUUCAACGUCCCAAAUUAAGGAUGGAACUGCCCAUUGGUAGUAACGUUGCCACCCAAAGUACUACCCAAACUACAUCAGGUGCAACAUUUACGCCAGGUUCAAGUACAACAAAAGUUCAAAGUUCCUCAGAUGGUGCUAGCGUAGGUGAAACUACAGAAAGUCCGAAGCCAACUACACUAGAUCCUUCAACAAUCGCAGGUGGAGGUGAUUAUGCAGAAAAUACUGCUCCAAUUAUGUCAGCUGCAUUAUCUAUGCCAGAUUCAAAUAAAAGUUCCAAAUUAAUGUCCGAAGAAAGUCCAGAGCCAACUACACUAGAUCCUUCAACAAUCGUAGGUGAUCCUGCAGAAAGUACUGCUCCAAUUAUGUCAGCUGCAUUAUCUAUGCCAGAUUCAAAUCAAAGUUCCAAAUUAAUGUCCGAAGAAAGCCCGAAGCUAACUACAAUAGAUCCUUCAAGAACAAUACAAAUUAAAAAAUCCAAUUACGGGCCUAUAGGUGAUCAUACAGAAAGUACUACUCCAACUAUGCCAGCUGCAUUAUCUAUGCCAGAUUCAGAUUCAAAUAAAAAUUCCGGAUUAAUGCCAAGAAAUGUUGAGGAAAGUACUACCCAAAAUAUAGCUGGUACUGAAAAUACGUCAGAUUCACCAAUAACCAAUGAAAUGAAUACAGAUUUAACCACUACAUACAUGGCAGAAGAAUUGACAACAAAAUAUUCUACCACAAAUAAAAAGGAAGAAACCUCCAGUACAGGCCCUUCCCAGAGUCCUACACCAACACCAGAACCUAUGACCACUACUAUUGCCUGUUCAAAUCCGUAUGCACCUGUUCUAUACUUUGACAAUUAUGAAAUUUUAUGGAAUAUAAAACCAAAACAAGAUUGCGAUAUAGAUUCUGUGAAUUUGACAUGUGUGACAAAAGAUGAUGAGUAUUCUCGGACAUUCGACUCAACUGUUAAUUCUCUUAAUGUAUUGGAUGAAAAGAUAACUCAAGGAAAAGUAUACUCUUGUGAAGCUUUCUUGAAUGCUACCAAUGGCGCUACUUCAGAGAAAUCUAAUACAUUACAGCUGCCCCCAGGAACACAACAUAUAAGUCCUAACCUCAGUAAUUUGACGUUGAAAUGGGACCGACCUUUUGAAAAUGCAAGUCUGACGUAUUCUGUAGAUAUAACGGGCACAACCAAACAUACCAUUCCAGAUGAUUGUGACCAAAAAGACACUCGUUCGGUAACGACGAAUAUGCCCAAUAUUACGCUGAAAGCUGAUUUUAGUUAUAUUAUAACGAUAUACACAUCCUUCUGGAAACUGUAUGUUACAAAUAUAACACAAAUUGAUACCCCAAGUACAGCACCUGGCCCACCCAGAGACGUUAAAGUUAGCAAAAAUACCACGGGCUAUAUUUUAUCCGGGAACAUGCCUUGUGACCCUAACGGAGUGCUUCUUGGUUAUAAUAUUGAACUUUCAGAACUGGCAGACAGCUUUCUGAAAACGAAAACUACUAAAUCGAUUUCAGAGAUUGACAUAUUUGACUUUUUUAAUACUCAGCCAAAGCCAUCUACAACAUAUUCUGUGAGCGUAUCAGCAAUUGGACUCAACAACGUAAAAGGCGAAGCAGCUACUUUUGAAUUCGUUACUGACGCACUACCUAACACACCAAAUCUUACCAUUACUUUCCAAAAUGCAACUUCUUUUGGUGUAGGAUGGGACAUGGACACUUCGAACAUAACUAAAUACGAACUAAAUAUUGAUAUCUUAGGGCCAACAUAUCCUCAAAAUCCUCAUUGUCAACAACCAUCUCCUAUUAGCGUAGAAACUCUUAUGAAAAAUCAGUCUGAAUAUAGUUUUCAUGGAGCGUGGCCCAGCUACCGGUACAAAGUUUCUUUGACCGCCUACAGUGUAAGUGGACAAGGACCUACGGGUUCUAUUAAUGUGACGACCAGUUAUUCAGAGCCAGAUGCUCCCACAGGUUUAACAAUCAUCACUAAGUCACUCGAGAAUAAUCUUAUACCGGUAAACAUAUCUUGGAUGGAUCCUUGCAAGAUAAAUGGAAACAUGAAUGGGUACUGGAUUGAGAUCAAAGAAAGAUAUACAGAAGAACAAGAUCAGCAAGUGUUCUACAACGGUUCCGUCACGGACCAAAUAUUUGACAGUAGCUUUAUUCCGUCACAUGAAUAUUUCAUCAGGGUCGCUAUACAACUCGAUGAUGAAACGAUGGGAAGCUGGGUCGAGAACAAUAUUACCACAGAAGUUGGUUAUCCUGGACCGCCGAUACUUAACCCUUCAAAGAUCACCAAAGGACAACGAGAUUUAUCUAUAAUCUGGGAAAGACCUCUAGAAAAAACCGGUCCCAUUGAAUUAUACGAUCUUGGCGUCAAAUACCUUAAACCGAUGUAUGAGAUUCCACAGGUUUGUUCGAAACCAACACCUAUCAACUUUUCUUUUCUACCCAGAAAGAUGAACCUAGAUGUUACGGACCUCCUGCCAUAUUCAAAGUACGAAAUAAAGAUAAGGGCAAGAACUAUUCCAGGACUUUAUGGAAAUUAUACUACUGUGACUGUCACGACUUUGGAAAGUGAUCCCGAUAAAGCGACCAACAUCAUCACGAACUGUACAAGCGAGUUAACGGAAACAUACACAGCCAGUCUUAACGUAUAUUUCAACACGCCCUGUAACUUAUACGGACCUUUUAAAAACUUUACCAUUAAGUGUCAUGGAAAACGCAAUGGCUAUAAUGAUGUCAAUCUCAUUGGAGGUGUUAAGAAUGCUAUUUACGAUAGUUCCAAUUGGUUUUCGACUAUGGAUCUUGUUCCGCAAUACGAUUACAGUUGUAACAUUACAACUUUUAAUAACUUAUCUCAAAGUAUAUCGGACGAGUUUAUAUUUAAGAGUCCAGCUGGAGAGCCCAACUUUACCAUAAGCUUCAACGGUCUUCCUGUACUAAACGUAGAACCAAACAACGCUCAAAUCCAUCUAAAGAAAAUUUACUUCGAGUCAUGGCAAGCAGACGCCCAGUACAUUGCUUUAAUCCUUACUAAAAACAAAGUUGUUAACUACACCUCAUACAGACGGAUGCAAUCAGACUGGCCUGCUCUGGACGACCAAUCGCGACAAAUAACUCCGGACUUUUGGUAUCCAUUUAAUGAUAAAGACGAAUUCUAUUUUACCGUUGGUAAUGGUUCGGCAUUAAAUCCUGCUUUGGAACCAGACCAGAGCUAUCAUCUAUCUGUAAGAGUUAUUACAGAUACCUUCUACACUGACAGUCCAACAUUAGAUUUUACCACAGCCUCACUUAGUAAAGCAGGACUCAUAGUAGGUAUUAUAAUAUCACUCUUGCUGAUAGCCCUUUUAGGAGUAGCUGGUUUCUUUGUAUGGAAGAGAGGUCUUCACAGGAAAUUCAUUGAAAAGUAUAUACGUCCUUCAUUGGGGGCAAAACCACCCCCUCUUAGUGCUACGGCUAUUCCCGUCAAGAAGUUUGUCCACUACUUCAACGCGAACAAAAAUAAACCCGAAGUAUUCAAACAAGAAUUCAUUGAUAUAACUGAACAAGGAAAAGAAAUACAGUCACUGCAUACAAGUAACUUUGCCGGAUUGUUAGAAAAUAGAAGGAAAAAUCGAUACGUCAAUAUAUUGCCAUUUGAUGCUACAAGAGUAAAACUCCUAAUUGACGAAGAUGAUGAGAUUGGAUCUGAUUAUAUAAACGCCUCAUACGUCAAGGGAUACUCGGGAGAUAUCGAGUACAUUGCCACACAAGGACCGCUUGCGACAACUUGUAGAGACUUUUGGAAGCUUGUUCUUCAAGAAAAUGUUACAAUAAUAGUUAUGGUGGCAAAUUUUGUCGAAAAAAAUAAGGUAAAAUGUCACAAGUACUUCCCCGAAAACCACGAGAACCUUAUAGUAGGCGAUAAUAUGGAAAUAAGGUGUGCUACAGAGCUCCAUUUCGGUACACAUGUUAUAAGAAACUUACAAAUUAGAAAGGACUUGACACAAUACACUGUCACACACAUGCAAUUUCUGGAAUGGCCAGAUUUUCGGGUUCCAACGGGUACCGAGCAUAUGCUUCAAUUCUGCCACAAGUUGAGAGAAAGGGUAAGGCUGGAAGGUGGAAUAAUGAUCGUACAUUGCAGCGCUGGCGUGGGCAGAACUGGUACUCUCAUCGCUGCAGACAUACUCUUGCAGACCGCCGCUGCUAGGAAACCCCUAGAUGUAUAUAAAACAGUAUUAGAUCUAAGAAAACAAAGAUGUAUGAUGGUGCAAACUGAAGAGCAAUACAUAUACGUACAUCGGCUUCUUGCAGACCAUAUAGACAGACCAGCCACACCAGAUGCCACAGAAGCAGAUCCUGUAUAUGAAAAUAUGGACAUGAUCAAAAGGAGGACUAGUACCAGCGAUUAUAGAAGUACAACAGAUGAGGAAGAAAGUGGACUUUAAAUGCUACAAUUUUUUUAUUAAAUCAUUCCAAAAAUGACUGAGAACGGAGUAUUACAUAUAACUAGAUAGAAUAAAUUACUUUUAUAUUUGCUUAUAAUAGAACCUAAAAAAAUUGUUCAUGUGAAGUGGUAUAGUAUACCACAACUACAAAAUAUGAGGUUAAACAUACUUAAAGUGCUAGAAUUAUUUUUCUUCUGAAUGUAUAUUAUGUCUGAAUAUUUUAGUAAAUGUUUUGCAGCCUUGUAGGCUAAAUUGAGGUGUAAAUAACAGUACAAGAUGUAAUUCUCAUAUUUUUCUGUAUCACAUAUAAUUUUAGCACAAAUAUGAUCAUAGUAGACCCAUAUUUCUUGUACUUAAUAUUAGAUAUGAGUUUGAUAAACCUUUAAAAUAAUUGGAAUGUAAAGAAACUUGAAUGUAAAAAACUGUAUACACUGUAAAAUUGUAAAAAAUAAUGUUAUCUAUGUUUUGAUUGAUGUGUACAUACAGAUCUUUUUUUUCUUUUAGAAGAACGAAAUUAUUACAGUAUUAGGCUUCAGAUUAAGCCAAUAAUCGUAUGUAAAAUUUGUAGUAAAAUGUAUAUUUUUAUUAUAGCUUAUGAUGUAUAAAAGAAUUCUUCUCUUUUAUAAAUUUUUUACUAAAACUUUUAAUUUGUCUAUUGGGAGACUAUUAUUAUAAUUUGUCUAUUGUUGUAUUGUUGGUGGACACUUGUCACUGCUUUUGUCAGCUUGGACUAAUGGUAUAUCACCCUCUAGCUUUUCCUCAAAAUGUUUUGUUCAUCUCCUUUGUAUGUCUUGCUGUUCUGUCCAUAUAAUACCUUUCCUAUCCCUACACAUCGAUAAGACUUUCUUGUCCUUAUUGGCUUUCUUAGUUCUUGAAGUUCUUUGUCCAUAUUUUCCCUCUUCUUUCUUCAAUGAAUUUUCUUUUCUUCUUUACGUAGUUGUUUAUUUUUAUCAUCUGCUUGUGUUUUGUCUUUCUGUUGUAAUCUGACAUUCUUUGUCAAAUCAGUCAUUCAUUCUUGCUCUUCUUUGUUUAACGUCCAUACCUAGUAAUUCUUCUGCUGUUUCUUUUAUGACGUUUUUGCACCCUUCCACUCUCGUUUGUUUUCAUCUUUUAGUCUGUUUUAUAGUUUGAUAUUUAUAUUUUCUCUAUAUUCUCUAUUUUUAUUCAUAUCUUUGAGUCCUACAUUGUAUGGCUCAUAUUUCAAAACCUCUUUACUUUUUUGUGUUUGACAUUCUGGCCCUUACCCUACUUUCUACUAGGAAGAAAUCAGAACCUGAAUUUGCUCCUCUCCUGGUUUGUGUGGACGUUUAUAAUAUUCAAUUGGAGUCUUGGGUCUACAAUGGCAUACUUACUGUAAGUUAGUCUGAUGAUUUCCAGGUGCCCUUGUGUAUAUGUUUUCGAGCAAAGAUUUCAAAUUUUUGCGUUUUGCAUUUUUGUGCUGAUUUCAAAUUCAUUGCACUUUACAGACCAUGUAAAAAACAAUUAGGUAUAGCUGGACGAUGUGCAAUUUAAAAAAUUAUAUUUUGUAUACUGUAUGUAAUAAAACUUAUUUUUAAACAAAAAA